AUGCCAGACGGAUGGCUCUUGCCCCGCACUGCCUGGUGGACGGUCUUCGGGCAUGCGAGCGGAAUUUUUAUGCUGCUAUUCUGGCAGCACCUGCGCGAGUUGUGGCAGCCGCGUUUAAGUUUUCUUGAUCGCUUGUGCAUACCUCAAAACGAUUUGGAGACGAAAUCUCAAUGUAUCUAUGGCCUGGCUUCCUUCCUAAACAAAUCCGAUGACCUCAUCGUCUUGUGGUCGCCGCAAUAUUUCAGUAGGUUGUGGUGCACGUACGAAAUCGCUUGCUUCCUUAUGCGGCGCAAAGAAGCUCAUCGAAUCAAGUUCUUGCCCGUGCAGAUCUCCAUCAUUUGGCUUCUUACCUACGUGUCUGUGGCAACAACAUGGCUGUCCUUCCUUCUGGGCCAGAGAUACGGCUCAGACGCUUUCAAUUGGAAUCAUACAAGCGGAAAGAUCAACUUAGCUUUGCUGAUUUUGCUUCAGAUUGGUAUCCUCUACCCGCCCUUGUUCUAUCUCCUGAAUCAGAUGUUGCACGAUAUGGCUCAAUUGCCCGGACAACUGCAAGACUUCGACAUCCGGACCGCACAAUGUUUCUGCUGCUCCAAUAACCAUUUGCAUCCUUCAAAUGGAGCACAGAUCCAGUGCGACCGGCAACUCAUCUACGGUGUAUUGCAGAUGUGGUCCGGACAUGCCCAGGCAGAGAUAGGCAACGAAGAACAGAUCCAACGCGCCUUCAAACGCCAUUUGGACAAACAUUUGAGACCAUCAGUCGAGCAGGCUUUCACGCACAGCGGUAUGCUGAUGCGGCCGCUGAUCUCUGCCGCUGCCAUGGGCUCUUUCCCGUUUAUGUAUGAUUUCAUUGCCUAUGAGGGUCGGAGAGUUGUGCUCUUGUGGCCUCGGGAAAGCCCUAUCAGAAACUUUGGCCUGGCGCUUUACAUGUUAUUUUGGAUGCCUGUUUUCUUGCGUUGCCUUCUGCUUCUGGGAAAAGCUAGCAUUCGCUGGUGGAGUCUGCCGUGCUGCAGGCAUGUAGUGGUCGCUUGCCAAGCACUGGCCAUGUUUCUGAUCAGCGUGGCCUUCAUCAUGGCUUAUAUGGUCAGCAUUGCAGUCACUCCAGGGAAGUGGAAAUCUCCUGAGCACGCGCUUUGCAU